UGCGCUGGAACUAGACGCAUUUUUGCCUAGUUGCACUUUUUUUCGUUUUUACUUGUUUUGUCGUUUUGCUGCGGUGCACCUGGAAGUAACGGAGGAACUGGUUGUUCUAGCCGUGCUCUGACGCGAACUCUUGCGCCCAUUGUGAGACAAAUUGCACAUCGAUUCGGAAAACUAAGCGGAAGUGUAGAAUCGCUUGCUUUAUUGGGAAAUGCGAGGUUUCUACAAGCGGCGGCCAGACUGAGAAGGAACUCCUUGUGUACGUUAUUUUGUUCGGUUGCAGCUAGCAGUUUGAGGCGCUAUAAUGGACAUUCGUGUUGGUUGAUGUUUUCGGACGAAAAUUGACGGACGUGUGUGAAAAGUCAUAACAGCUGAUUUGAAGACUUGAAUAUCCGCAAGAAACGAUUUCAAGAAGUGACAUUCAUUCCUAUCUUCGAGUUGUCCAUUCCUGGCGCUUAUGAUAAACGAGUUGCGUUUGAUGAAUCGGUGAUCGCAAAGAAUUCGGAAGAAUUGUGUGAAAAAAGUGUCAUAAAUGGUUUAAAAUUCUAAAUAGAUAACAUCGCUGUUGGUUUUUGUGUUGAACACAAAGGUACCGAAGCUGGCAAAGCAAUACUGUUUCAAAUUCGGAAAAUCGCCCCUGUCGGUGUGAAAUCGGCGCAACAGUGUUGGUAUCGUCGUUAGGAAGUAAUUGCGGUUUGCGGACCACAAUACGAGAGAAAAGGCGUUUCGAGAAAUUAAAAGAUCCAUUGUAGACAUAAAACCUGUAAACUUUGCUUCGUACCACUGUGCGUGGUAGAAUUCCUGGAACAUACAUUGUCGGACAAGAACCAGUUGAUACCACUGUAAAAAUAUUCCUAGUAAAAUCACAACUUCAGCUAGUGCAGUCAAACGUUGGAUUGUGCCAACCAAGCUUCAUCAGGGUACUUGCGAACAAUUGUGAACAGUCAGUGGCGGCGGCACGUGUGAUAAAAUGAAAACGCAAAUCAAUAUGGACGGGUCGUACAUCAACGAGGGAAUGGAUUGUUCAACGCUAGAUAUAUCAAUGCCCACCGGAGAACCCCAUGGUGGCCUGACAGGGUCCAAUGAAUUUAUACUGUCAUCGACGGGGAAGAAAAUCAAUCCGGAAUCUCGCUUGGAAGAUGUCAACCAAUGGUGCCAACGUAAAGUUAGAAGCGCCUGCUCUAGAAAAAUGAUGUACAAGCGAUUGCCCAUUCUGCGGUGGUUACCCAAUUACAACGUGACCGAUGCGGUCGGGGAUUUAGUCGCGGGAAUAACCGUUGGUCUUACUGUGAUUCCACAAGCCCUUGCCUAUUCCGGCAUUGCCGGCCUUCCCGCUGCUUACGGUCUAUAUGGUUCCUUUCUCGGCUGCAUCGUGUACAUUUUGCUCGGUAGCUGCAAGGAUGUUCCGAUGGGACCGACUGCCAUCGCAGCGCUGCUCACUUAUCAAACCGCCCGAGGAAACGUUGCCAAAUCCGUUAUACUGUGCUUCCUGACCGGGAUCAUUGAGCUGCUGAUGGGGAUUUUCGGGCUGGGAUUCCUGGUGGACUUUGUCUCGGGGCCGGUUUCCUCGGGCUUCACAUCCGCCGUGUCGUUGAUCAUCGUGACAUCGCAAAUCAAGGAUGUCCUUGGAAUUUCCGCCCGGGGAACCACCUUCCUGGAAAUUUGGCAAUCGAUUUUCAAGGACAUCCACAACAUUCGAGCUUGGGAUACUGUACUCGGUAUUACGUGCAUAGCCGUUUUGUUGAUUAUGAGGAUCGUGGCUGGACUCAAGGUUGGCCCCAAUGAGGAUGAGUUGAAAUCAAAGAAGCACCGUAUUAUAAACAAGUUUAUGUGGCUGGUUGGAACUUCUCGUAAUGCUAUUCUAGUAGUGGUGUGCGGUGCCAUAGGAUACGUCUUUCAGUCAUCAGCAUCGGCACCUUUCAAACUGAUCGGAGAUAUUCCUCCGGGAAUGCCGUCAUUCGAAAUACCCCCUUUCUCGCUGAAUGCCAACCAAACCGCAAGCGGACGGGAUGAAUCCUUCUCGGAAAUCGUGUCAAGUUUGGGCUCUGGCUUGAUUGUUAUCCCGCUGAUAGCACUGAUGGAAAACAUCGCCAUUUGCAAGGCAUUUUCAAAUGGAAAACCGGUAGAUGCAACCCAAGAGUUGAUUGCGAUCGGUGUGGCGAACAUUGCGAAUUCCUUCGUACAAGGCUUCCCAGGAACUGGUUCCUUGAGCAGAAGUGCCGUGAACAAUGCAUCGGGAGUACGAACACCGCUGGGGAACAUUUACACCGGUGCAAUUGUUAUUCUUUCGUUGCUCUUCUUCACUCCGUACUUUUCGUACAUACCAAAGGCAACCCUAGCUGCGAUCAUCAUCGCGGCGGUCGUGUUCAUGGUGGAGGUCAAGGUCGUUAAACCUAUGUGGCGCACAAAAAAAAGUGACCUAAUUCCUGGACUCGGUACCUUUAUUGCAUGUCUUGCCCUCCCGUUGGAGAUCGGCAUCCUGUUGGGAGUUGGACUGAAUGUUGUGUUCAUCUUGUACCAUGCUGCUAGACCAAAAAUUUCCGUCGAACGGUUAACGAGCCCCGCGGGAACCGAAUAUCUGAUCAUUACACCCGACCGGUGUCUCAUCUUUCCGUCGGUUGACUAUGUGCGUAAUCUGGUGACGAAACAUUCCCUCCGUCAGUCACUGCCGGUUGUGAUAGACUGCUCACACGUGUACGGAGCAGAUUACACUGCAGCCACUGUUAUUGAUAACAUCACUGAGGACUUUGCGAAACGUGACCAGCCGCUGUUUUUCUACAACCUUAAACCGAGCGUAUGCGCCGUCUUCGAGGGUCUUUCACCGGUGGACUUCAUUGUUUACUACCGGGAGGAAGAUCUGGAUGAGCUGAUGAAGGAACGUGCCUUCAAGCCGAAGCAGGUACUCAACGCGUAAGUUCUAUCUCGGGUGGUUCGCAUAAGUCCAAUUCAGGUAUUACCAACAGUAUUAAAGGGGCAUUCAAUAGCAGCUGUUGAGCAUUUGACCCACGAGGCAUUAAAUGAUAGUUUUGCUUUAUCAGGCGGUCUCUCCUAACACUACAGAUAGAGAGAGAGCGAAAUAGAACAGUAAAUGCCCCUCAUAUGGUAUGAUAUCCGAUUUAGAACACACCAAUGUGUAAGAAUGGCACGUAUUAUAGAAUCACGAUCAUUCCUUUCAAUUUUAAUUUGUAGUGAACCAUUCGAAACCAAGCCACAGAUGGUUGAAAAACGAUGAAUGUAUUUAUUUAUACGCUCUUGAUAUUAAUACGAUAGGAAGCAACGAAAUGACAAGCUUCAGCACUUUGGUUCCAUAGAUUGAGCAACCAGUGAAGCGUGCAUUCAAAAAGAAACACAUGUUACCACUACAGCAGGCACCAAUCAUUCUCUAAUUGAGCUUAUAUACCGCACUCGCAAAAUCGCCAACAAGAGAACGUCGUUGAGGUAUCGAAGUUCGAUGAAAUCAUGUAUAUCCAACCGUACACUGCUAUUUCGGUAUCCUCAAAAAUUUGUAGCCGCGACUCAUUUGAACGUUCAAGCCAUAAAGCAACGCAGAGUAUGAUGCAGUUUAGUUUGUAAGCGCUUUUUACCGAACGAUAGCUCGUAAAAUUGAUGCCACUGUAACCUAUAACUUUUAAAUUAUAUUUUUUAAUUAUUAGAUUCGUGUAACAAAUAACUGUGAUAAGGUUAUAAUUUAUCAAUAAACAAUUAAAAUGA